UUGUACGCAGAGCGCGCGGCUAUAUAAAAGCAGCCACUUGUUGAGCGACACGCAUUCUGCCGAUCUGCUUCCGCCGCGGACAUAUCUUCGAGGACGAAAAGGGGAGCGAACAUCCGACGGGUGACCACGACGGUAUUUCUCAUAUUGUGCGACUCCAAGUCACGACUCCGGCUCAAUUCGUCACGAGAGUGAUUGACGUGGGACUCGCGAUCAGAUAAAAUGAAUUUGGAGGAUUACCGCAAACAUGGAAAGGAAAUGGUGGAUUACAUCGCCGAUUAUCUAGGAGACAUCCGUUCUCGGCGAGUAUACCCAGCGGUCUCGCCGGGAUACUUGAGAAAUGUCCUGCCGGCGUCGGCCCCCGUGGACGGUGAGCCUUGGGAGGACAUAUUCGCCGACGUUGAGAAAUGCAUUAUGCCGGGUGUGACGCAUUGGCAGAGUCCGCACAUGCACGCCUACUUUCCAGCCCUGAAUUCACCUGCCAGUCUGCUGGGCGACAUGCUGGCCGACGCAGUAAACUGUCUGGGUUUUACGUGGGCUUCCAGUCCAGCGUGUACCGAGCUAGAAACGAUCGUUAUGAAUUGGUUAGGCAAAAUGAUCGGUCUACCCGAGGAUUUCCUGCAUCGACCGGGCGGUUCCGGCGGCGGUGGCGUCAUACAAACGACGGCGUCUGAAGCCACACUCGUGUGUUUGCUCGCAGCCAGAACCAGAGCUAUCAGGGACGUGCAGGAGAAUGAUCCUGAUUGUUUGGCGACAGAGAUCAAUUCGCGACUAGUUGCAUACUGCUCGGAUCAGGCACAUUCGAGUGUGGAGAAAGCUGGACUCAUAGGACUAGUUCGAAUGCGGUAUAUUGAGUCUGACAGUGAAUUAAGCAUGAGAGGAGAUGCUUUACUUGAAGCAUUAACGCGCGAUCGGGCUGAAGGUCUGCUUCCUUUCUUCGUGUGUGCAACCUUAGGCACCACUGGUGCGUGUUCCUUUGAUAAUCUCAAGGAAAUCGGACCGAUAUGCCAACAAAAUGGUUUAUGGUUACACGUCGAUGCGGCUUAUGCUGGUAGCGCUUUCAUAUGUCCGGAAUUUCGCGGAUGGCUUCAGGGAGUGGAGUUUACUGAUUCCAUCGCAUUCAAUCCAAGCAAAUGGCUCAUGGUUCACUUUGAUUGUACAGCCAUGUGGGUAAAGAACAGUCAAGCUCUACACAGAACUUUUAAUGUCGAUCCACUAUAUUUGAAGCACGAAAAUUCAGGUCUUGCAAUCGAUUAUAUGCAUUGGCAGAUUCCUCUAUCCAAAAGAUUUCGUGCUCUGAAACUGUGGUUUGUUAUCAGGAAUUAUGGAAUUACUGGUUUGCAGAAACAUAUACGAGAGGGCGUGAGGCUAGCACAGAAGUUCGAAGCUCUGGUUUUGGCAGAUGCUCGCUUCGAAAUUCCUGCACCGAGACAUCUCGGCAUGGUGGUUUUUCGUCUUCGUGGCGAGAAUACCUUGACAGAACGUUUGCUAAAGAAGCUGAAUUCGCGGGGCCGACUGCAUUGCGUGCCAGCCGCCUUGCACGGAAAAUACGUUAUUAGAUUUACAGUUACCUCAACAAACACGACGAAUGAAGAUAUCCUAAAGGAUUGGGCAGAAAUACGAAGUACCGCUAGUGAAAUCUUGGAUGCUACCCAAUUACCACGAGCUAGAGUUCCUCUCGCAGAUACGCGACAGAAGAAUGAGAAUUUCGGAUCGAGCUUACUAUUAGCCAAUUCGCCAAUGUCUCCGAAAAUUGUAAAUGGAAGUUUUGCCGCAAUAUAUGACACGGCCGACGUAUUUGAAGAAUGCAUGAAAGCUUUUGGGAAAAUUCAUCUUGAGGCGAAAGAUAGUCCAGCCAUACGUCGUCGCAUUCGCGGAAUAUUAAUGUCGGGCAAGCAAUUUUCGUUGGAUUCUCGCAUGGAUCUCGUUCAGGGGUACGUUUGCAGCCGUCCACUCUCGGAUUCGCCUUCCGAGUUACCAUUAAUGAAAGAAGAUGAAGAUGCCGGAUUAUGUGAAUCUGAUGUUGAUACACCGGAUGAAUCUGACAACGGUAAAUCAAUUGUUUAUAAAAAUUGGGAGGACUCCGAUAGUUCCGAAACAAUUAAGAGGGAAUCGUCCGUUUCGAAGAGUGGCUCGAGUUACAUAGUGGCGAAUGGUUCAUUUGUUAACGUCGGUGCUGACGAUAACGGCGACAACACGGUGACUAUUGCUUCGGCCAACGUAGGCUUUCCUAGAAGUGAAACUAUAGCUGCUUUUGGACAUCGUCCUUACACAGGCGAUUUGGAGCCUGUUAGAGUUGCCAGAAAGAAGUCACUGAAGAGAAAUGAGGAAGACAAUGACAAAAAGGAGUUCUGCAGAAAAUGUGGUCACUAUUCCAAACGUCAGUAAUUAGUUCAAAAGUAUUACGUAUUCUUCAUACGUUGAACAACGUACGCACUCGAAGCCAUUUAGUGUUUAAAAUAAUUUUAAUUCUGUUAAAUUAAAAUUGUUUUUGCGAUAUGUCAUUAGCGUGUUCAGUCAAAUGUUAUUUUAGACUAGCAAAUAUAUAGUUAAAAAUUUUUUUUAAUCAAAAAGACGUGGAAUAUUACAAACUUAUUGUAGAAGAUUAAUUCUGCUCUUUUUUUAUA